AUGGUAGUGGCGUCGAAAGUUAAAAAGCAUAUUGUACUAAAAAGGAGCAAGAAAUCGGAUAGUGGAAAGACGAAGAAAAAGAAGAAGCAAACGCUGAAAUAUAAUAUUGAGUGUAAAAAUCCUGUAGAAGAUGGUAUUAUGAAUGUGAACGACUUUGGGACAUUUCUAAAUGAGCGUAUCAAAGUGAAUGGAAAAGUUGGUACAAUGGCAGCGAAUGGUGUAAGAUUGGAAGUUACUAAAACGAAGCUUAUCCUUACGUCAGAGGUUCCAUUUUCGAAGAGAUACCUGAAAUACCUCACGAAGAAGUAUUUGAAACGCAAUUCCCUUCGCGACUGGUUGAGAGUAGUGGCUUCUUCGAAAGAUACGUAUGAAUUGAGGUAUUUCCGGAUCAACCAGGAUGACGAAGAUAUUGGUGACAAUAAAAAGGAUGAUGAAGAUGCUGAUAACAAUAAAUGA